AAGUUGGGAUUGGAUCAUGUGAUCAGCUGGGUCUGGUGUGGAGGCUGCACUCCCUGUCCCUCUGCCACUAUGGUGUUGGGUAGGGCGCUGCAUUUUGUCUUUAAAGUGGGAGACCGAGCCCGGACCGUCGCAUUUUACAGGGAUAUUCUGGGCAUGGUUGUUCUGAGACAUGAGGAGUUUGAAGAAGGAUGCAAAGCAAGCUGCAAUGGACCUUAUGGUAAUAAAUGGAGUAAAACCAUGAUGGGAUAUGGUCCUGAGGACAGUCACUUUGUGUCAGAAUUGACUUAUAAUUACGGAAUAGGUGGCUAUCGCAAGGGGAAUGAUUUCUUGGGGAUUACUAUUCAGUCAAGUGAGGCAGUCAGUAACGCCAAGAAACAGGGCUGGGCACUGACUGAAGAUAAGGACGGAGUGUUUGUAACUGAGGACCCGGGAGGAUUCAAGUUCAUCUUGGUGAAUAAGGAACAGCCAAAGGCAGAUCCUGUGCUGAAGGUAACCUUGGCAGUGUCAGACCUCCAGCGUUCCAUUGACUACUGGUCCAAUUUGCUUGGGAUGAAAGUCUACGAGAAGGAUGAUGCCAAGAAGCAAGUCCUGCUGGGAUAUGCAGACGACCAGUGUAAGCUGGAACUGCAGGAUAUCGGCAGCCCUGUGAAUCACGCCUCUGCGUACGGACGAAUCGCUUUCUCUUGCCCGAGAGAGCAGUUGCCCGGUAUCGAGUCUCAAAUGAAGGAGGAGAAUCAGAAAAUCCUGACUCCGUUGGUGAGCUUGGACACGCCGGGAAAAGCAACUGUAGAGGUCGUGAUCCUGGCAGACCCGGAUGGCCAUGAAAUUUGCUUUGUGGGUGAAGAGGCUUUCCAUGACCUUUCCAAAGUGGAUGCCAACGCCAACAAGCUGCUAGAGGAUGCUAUAGCUGAAGACAAAAGUGUUGAAUGGUUUGCAAAAUACCAUGUACCAAAGCCAUCUGCGUAAAUUGGGCUGCUCAGGCACGCCCCCUGCUGUGACUGACUGGUUGUGGAAGGUUUUGGGUCCUGUCACCAAGCAUGUUCUCUGAAGCAAGUCGCCUGUGUCUCCUUUCCUGCUUUCAAGUAUUGUGAACAAAAAUAGUUUCAAAAGUUGCCUUCAGAAUAAAGUCUCACACUGGA